GUGAAGAUCUUUUUUGUUUCCGCUAUUGGUAGCGGAGCCGUCUCCGCGGUGGGCAGCUCAUGGAUCGCCAUCUCUGGGAAGAGAUCGCGUGCACGUGGCAGUGCUCUUGUUGGUGGAAUAGAGAUCCAGGGCUAUGGCAGGAUGAAUGCAGAGAAGUCUCCAUGGAAGCCGACAUGUGGCCAGACACGUCAGCUCCAGUCCCAGGUCAAGAUGUCUCAUGAGGAAACCAUUCAUGUGCCUGAGGUGCCUCUGAACGAAGUGCAGCUCCGCCUGGCAUCCCACUCCGCCACAUCCUCGAUGAUGAAAGACCUCCUGCGUCAUGCUCGCGCAGAGGGCUCACUGGAUAUGUUGUUGGCCGAACUGUCGGCUGAUCAUGGUGAUGGAUUUGAGUUGAUUUCUGAGAAAGAAACGGUGGUCUCCGGAACUGAUGACUCCAAGAAUGUGAGCGGCUCACCCUUUUCCUAUGAGAAGAACCUGCCUGCCGGCAUGCGUGAUUUGGAGCAUUGGGGCAAGACCAUCCUCCAGGAGCAUAUCAGUUACUCUGCAUGGAUGCUGGCCCAGAAGUAUCGCAUGGACCUCACCGUCCAGGUCAAAGAUUUCAUCCGCUAUUUGCAUGUCAAGAGCCUUUCCGAGUCGUCUGAGGAGUUGUGCUUUGAUGAUAGCACAACGCGUCGCAAGAUGAGUGCACCUUUAGCGACUCAAGUCAAAGUGCUGCUUUCCAAUUUAGCAGCGGAUCUUGGUUUGCUACACGUCCCCAACGUUCAGCUUGCCACCUUGCCCCGUGCCAUAGUGAGCCUCGAGCACGACGGCUGGGUGAGAUUGACUGACCUCUUGCCUUACAGCCAGGCGAACCUCGAGCUCCACGGCUGGGUGAUUUGGUGGCUGCCAACACCGCACGGUGGCAUGGACAUCGGUGAUGCAGCCCUGAUUCGACUCCCAGUGGCAGAACAGCUCUUCGCGACGAAGGCCUUGGAGACGUUCUUUGAGUUCCGCAGGGGACGCUUGACGUUGCCGGAGUGGAGCGUUCAAUGGCAGUUGAACUAUGAGGAGGCCGUGACCCAUGCUGGAUUAGAUGUGAGCAGGAUGGCACACCGCACUGACAACCAUGGUGCCAACCUCUAUUCCGAGGACAUCCACAACAACCAGUUCUUCUUGGACGAGGACUAUGAAUCCAGCUGGAGCGGCAUCAGCGACUCAUGGUUCGAUGGAUCAUGGGACGAGAACUGCUUCAACGACGGGCUCUAUGCCUGGUAUGGUGACCACAAGGCCUGGGGCGACGGCGAGGAUCACUCCGAGGAUUGGCAAGAUUCUGGAUGGCAAGAAUCUGGUUGGGCUGAAGAUGGAGAAGCCCCGAACAAGAUCAAUCUGAGGCUUUGUGAGGAGAUGCUGACUGGAAAGAAGGUCCGCUUCGGCGAUUCAGAACAUGCUGAUGGAGAACAUGCUAAGCUCAACAACUUCCCCGAAUGGACGUUGGAGAAUGCUGACAACUUCCACACCGUCAGGGGCCGACGUGUAUGCGGCCUGUUGGUGGAUCCUGGUGCUUCGUCAGGCCAAAGCGAUGACACCCUGGCAAAGGUGCCCAUUCCCUUUGGAGUUGGAGAAGGUGUGACAGCCAGUUACACUGCAGAUCUCAUCGGUGGAUCUGGGAGCACAUGCCCAGCGCUCUUGCCGAAUCCAAGCUUGCGGCAGAUGCGCUCCAUUGUCUCGACACAGUGGUACGACAAUGGUGAUGGUGCCAUGGUUUGCUGCACGAGCGGCCAUAGACCUGACCACCCCGAUGCAGUCCUGGCGGUGAUGAAUCUUCUCUUGGCCGCGAGUGGACACUACAUCCUGCCGGCGAGCAAGGAGGACCAGAAAAUGACUGACCAGGAAAUGGAUGAGGUGUUGAAGAUCUGGAAGAGACCCUGCCAAGCGACGACACUUGAGCAGACCCAACCUAUGGCCUCGACAUCAACUUCAUCUACUACCACUUCUCAUGGGGACACUCCUCAGCCGAACUUGCAGUUCACUGCAGAAACCAAGGAAUCCACAGAGCUGAAUGCCCAUGCGGAGACCUUGGAGAAGAACACAACAACCUCCACUACACCUCAACAAGAUCUGCGACAAGUGGUCGAGGAUGAACAGCCGAUCCAGGUGCUUUUGGGUGAGAUCCACGAUGAGGAGUACCCUGAAGGCGAAGCUGAAUAUGGCGGAGAUGUUUUCCCUGGACAUCUUCCUGAACACUGCCUAUACGGACUAUGCGUUCUCUUCCCACUGGACAACCAGUAUGGCUGGGACUUGGCUCAUCCAGAGCAUCAGCGAUUGAUCACGGAGCUGGAGAUGGACUUGGGCGACAGCGAGCCUGACGUGCUGUUGGCGUCGAGAUCAACUGGAUUGAAGUCUGACAUCAUGCUGAAACACGCAAUCGCACGCUGUAGAGGACAUCUUGGCAAGAAGCAUGGAUGGCUUCAAGGACCUGUUCACCGUCUGAAUCGCACCACCUUGGCGGCAGCGUAUCCCUCUGGAAUGUGCCGCGCUAUCAUCAAGGAUGUGAAACGCUUUGUGAACCUCAAGUCGCACUUCGUGGAGUCCUACUACAAAUGCGAAAGAUGCUCAAUGGGUCGAGCGGAAUUGGACAGCACGGAACACUCUUUCAUUCCAGGAGAGUGCCGAUACGCCAGAUGGCCUGAAGGUGAUGAUCCCCGAGACAAACGAAAGAUGAUCAAGGAACAGCAGGAAAAGGACUACAUCAUGGGGAAGUUCAAGAAAGAGGCUUUGCUGAACGAGAAAGUGAUGCGUGGCAAGCUGGCGGCACAUCACGCCAUCUCCUUUGACAGCGAACAGACUGCCAUCCUGAAGAUGUGCCUGGUCAAGCUGCUUGCCGAGAGCGUCUCAAAGUGUGAAGAGUUGGGGAAGAAGAAGGGCCAGCACGACUAUGUGCACUGGUUGGAAGACUCAGUUGCACUGAGCUGGGGAUGA